AUGGGCUUCUCGGGAGACUCCAGCGAGGGCCCCGCGGACAACUCCAGCUCGUGGUGGCCCCCGGCCCCCGGGAUCACAAACUUGAGCCGGGAGGCCGAGGCGCCCGAGGAAGGGAGCGCCCAGGAGCAGGACGUGCGGAACGAGGAGCUGGCCAAGCUGGAGAUCGCCGUGCUGGCCGUGACCUUCGUGGUGGCUGUCCUGGGCAACAGCAGCGUGCUGCUGGCGCUGCACCGCACGCCGCGCAAAACGUCCCGCAUGCACCUCUUCAUCCGCCACCUCAGCCUGGCCGACCUGGCCGUCGCCUUCUUCCAGGUGCUGCCGCAGCUCUGCUGGGACAUCACCUACCGCUUCCGCGGCCCCGACGGGCUGUGCCGAGUGGUGAAGCACCUGCAGGUGCUGGGCAUGUUCGCGUCGGCCUACAUGUUAGUGGUCAUGACCGCCGACCGCUACAUCGCCGUGUGCCACCCGCUCAAGACGCUGCAGCAGCCGGCGCGCCGCUCGCGCCUCAUGAUCGCGGCCGCCUGGGUGCUGAGCUUCGUGCUGAGCACGCCCCAGUACUUCAUCUUCUCCAUGAUCGAGGUGAACAACGUCACCAAGGCGUACGACUGCUGGGCCACCUUCGUCCAGCCCUGGGGGCCCCGCGCCUAUGUGACCUGGAUGACCGGCGGCAUCUUCGUGGCGCCCGUGAUCAUCCUGGGCACCUGCUACGGCUUCAUCUGCUACCAUAUCUGGCGCAACGUCCGCGAGAAGACCACGUCCCGCAAGGACAAGGGCGCCGCGGGCGCCGCGGGCGCCGCGGGCACCGCGGGCAGCGCCUUCCACAAGGGCCUCCUGCUGGAGCCCUGCGUCAGCAGCGUGAAGACCAUUUCCCGCGCCAAGAUCCGCACGGUGAAGAUGACUUUAGUGAUCGUGACGUCUUACAUCGUCUGCUGGGCGCCCUUCUUCAUCAUCCAGAUGUGGUCCGUCUGGGAUGAGACGUCGGUCUGGGUCGAUUCAGAAAACCCUGCCAUCACCAUCACUGCCUUACUGGCCUCCUUGAAUAGUUGCUGCAAUCCCUGGAUAUACAUGUUUUUCAGUGGACAUCUCCUGCAAGACUGUGUCCAAAGCUUCCCAUGCUGCCGAAAAAUGAAGCAACAAUUCAACAAAGAAGAUUCGGACAGCAUGAGCAGGAGACAGACUUCUUACACCAACAACCGAAGCCCAACAAAUAGUACCAAUAUCUGGAAAGACUCACCUAAAUCUUCCAAGUCCAUAAAAUUCAUUCCUGUUUCAACCUGAGCUCCUUAUUUAUACAGACUCUUGAAACAGAUUUUUUUUGGGGGCGGGGGGGGGUGUGUGUCAAUUUGCUGAAUAGACUAGAAAUCGUGACAACCAAUGACCAUAGAAUAAGUAUAAAUAUAAAUCUAUUCAUUGGG